AUGAGAAAUUAUGUGAAAUUUUCAGAUAUAAAAUGUGAGAGGCAACCAUUGCUGUUCUCGAAUCCAAACCCAGAAAUAGAACACAAUUUCCCCUCGGAUGUAUCGCAUCCAAAGUCGCUCGAUUCGUUGCAAUCGUAUACAGUGAGUUGCUGUAAAGGAAGCUCACAUGAACGUUUGUGUCGUAUAUGCCACUGUCCAUCAUCAUUAAAUGAUAACUUAAUAUCGCCAUGUAGAUGUUCGGGAUCACUCAAAUAUGUUCAUAUGUCGUGCCUACUGCACUGGUUGACAAUUUGCUCUCGAAAAUUAAAACGUCCAGCCAUCUGUGAAUUAUGUCUUUAUAGAUACCACAGGCGUCGCUUAUUCAAGGUUCUAUUCACUUUUUUUUUAACACUUAUUCAAAUAAUUUAUUCAAAUCAAUUUGUUAGUAAAGAUUGGCAAAGUAUUCUAAGCUCAACAACACUCACUGCUGCUAUUAUAUUCUUUCUUGGGCUAUUUGUGGCUAUGUAUAUACAUUUUAAGAUAGAUAUAAGCCUUAUCGGCUAUCUUAUUCAAUGUUGGCGAAACAAUCACGACUGGAUAAUCGAAGAAUAUUGUCCAACGCAAGAUUUGCGCUAUUCUCUUAAAUUAAAACAAAUUCGGCGAAAAAUUAAUGGUAUUUGCUUAUUUUAA